AUGACAAUUACGACGCGGUCAAAGCGCGUGUCGGCGUUUGGCACUGGCGCGCCAACGCCAGCCACCGUCGCUCCAGGAUCGUACGCAACAGAGCAAGUCAUCACGAGUUUCGGAGUUCGAGCGCGCCGGCCACUCUUCUCUAGCUUCGCUACGUCGGAGAAGCGUAACCUCAACGAGAACAAGACCACGUCCGCGAUCACCCCAGGUCCCGGGGCGUACAUCGAUGAAUCGCGUCACCAACACGGUCAGCCCCCGUCGAAUGUGUUCGCCACUAAGAUCUCUCGUUUUGCCCCCAGUGCUCCGGGAUCCACGAUUUUUCGAGCGUCCAGCGUACAGGACAACCCGGGGCCAGGAAGUUAUCUGCGUCCUGCCUCAUCGCCGCCUUCCAAUAACCAACGUGAGCAUCAAGGCCCCCACAAAUUUGCGCACUUGGUCAAGCCGUCAGUCCCCGCUAUCCCCCAACGACAGCAGAGCUAUGGCUACGUCCAAGUAGGUCUUGAACUCCAGCGACAAGCACCUCCCGACGAGAUUUACUCGGGAAUCGGCCAGGACACGGUGGGGCCUGCAGCCUACAGCCGACACAACCCGAUAUGGAACGAGAAGAAGAACGUCGCGCCGUCACUCAAAUCGACUGCUAAGCGCGAAGUUUGGGAGGAGAACAAGAGACUCACGAAGCUGCCAGGUCCAGGACAGUAUAACACCCUCCCUGUGCCGGAAACCUCGGCAGUCACGACUCCGCCUUCAGCUAAGUCGCCCACAUUGAUUCCGGAAGCUCAGCGGCCUCGCAUUGGCGCGCGUCGCAGUCAGCAUCGAGGAUCUCGACAGAGUGCGGUGUUCGCCUCCAAGGUGCCGAUUCUUCCAGCUCCCAAGCCGGUAGGAGUGUACGACCCAGAUCGAGAGCAGGAGCUUCUAGCCAAGGAAGAGCGCGCGGAGCGAUACCGCCAAGAACAACGGAGCUUUGGUCCCAAGACUGAAGCCUUUGGGUCUACGACAGGCCGCACGGAGCUGACUUCGCAGGUCAAUGCCCCGUUCAGCCACCCGACGUACAUCACAACUCCAGGUCCUGGCAAAUACGGCUCUGCUGGUCGAUACGCUGGACCCAAACAGCUCGGCCGGAAGUCGAGCGGAGCGUCGAUUCCGUACCACCGCGCGGAUGGGAUCGGCUUCUCGUGCGCGACAGAGCGUCCUUGUCUGGCCCCCACCAAGGCCCCUCCAGCACCAGGUCCCGGCGCAUACAAGAGUGAAACCCCACGGUCUCUGAAUCACACAGUCAAAGGAAAGCUAUGCAUCGGUCGAAACGGAGUCUUCGGCACCACGUCGGAGCGGCAGGUCUGGGGGGAGCUGGAGCGUAUGGAUGUCGAGGAGUUCACCCCAGGCCCCGGGGCGUACACGGAGGCUGGAUCGUUCAACACGCCUCAAUAUCUCAACUCGGCCCCAUUCAAGUCCAGCUCGAACAGAUUCGCGAAGAACGCGCCACCACAUGCACCGCCGCACGUCCACUGCGUGGGUGACCAGGUUACUCCUGCCGUCGGCCAGUACAACGUGUCCAAGGGGUUCUCGACUGUUGCGUCCAGUGCUCCAGCGGCAGUGGAGGGCGUCCCCGCCUCGGACGCUGCGAGCUUGCUCUCCCCACGCAUACCGUUCCUCUCAACACAAGAGAGAUCCGUGUUUGACACGAAAGACGUGUGCGAUCUACCUGGUCCUGGCGCCUACAAGGAAACUGCGGAUGAUGUUGGUGCUGUCUACACGAGGUCGAAAGACGUUCGCUUGACAGUCGGAAACGAGGCACGAUUCCGCGUGAAGCCGACAGUGCCGGAGGCUGUCGGGCCUGGGGCAUACUCCAUCCCUGGUACCGUGGGGACGAAGAGCUUCAACGUCACCAUGCGCAAGGAAAAAGGCAAGGCUGGACCAAGCAGAGCACGAGGUUCUCCUAUUCAUAAGCGUGGAUAG